UAGUGUUUUUCGGAGGGGGACAUGAUCCAGUUGGAGACCGGAGUGUGAGCGCGCAGUUCCCGGUACCAGAAUGGAGGCGAGCCGUGCGUCGUGGAUGAGAGCGGGACUCGUGCUGUUCGUAGCAGCCCAGAUCCUGCCCUCCGUCUCCGCUUGCGACCCGGGCCUCUACCGGGAGAUGAUCGGGAGUUUCUGCAUGACUAACUUCGACGCAGACAUGUCAUCCCUGGACCGCCGGCUCUGGUGCAGCUGGAGCGACACAAUGGGUAUUUACGAAGAAGUGACCAACUGCACGUUCCAGAUGGCCCUCCUCGUGAACUGCUUCUGGCCCAACCGCGAGGUGGACCGAUUCUUCACCGACAUCCACCGCGUCUACUUCCACGACUGCGCGCUCACCGGGCGGCUACUGCGCGACCCGCCCGCCAGCAUCCUCGCGCCAUUCAUCGGAGUGCCCGUCCUGAUCACGCUGCUCAUGACCGCCCUGGUGGUGUGGAGGAGUAAACGCACCGAGGGAGUGUUGUAAAGAAUAAAAUGGACUCUAUGUGUGUUUUCUUUUUCUUUUUUUUUUGUAAUACGGUGAAUGCAUGUAAAGUUAGAAUAUAUUCAUAAUAAUAAAUAGUUUGGUAAGAAA